UUCAGCUGGAAGCAGUCCUGAGACAAUGUAUAGGUAUAGAUUCCAACACAACCCUAUCACAGUAACUUUUCUAGAGGUUCGGAAAGUCCUUGAAGUGAUGAUGUGGAUCGACACAUGUAUCUGCCUUCCUUUGACCAUACUGAUGAUCUACUGUGUGUGUUGUGUGGUGCGAAGGAGUCCAGUCCCUGUCAUCUAUUACACAAACCUCCUCACCUCCAAUCUAAUCCAGAUCUGCAUAAUGAUUGUUUGGAUAUUAAGAAUUAGCAGUAGCAUACCUGCUGUUAUUCACAUCUCGUGUGUGAUGGCCAGUCUGUACUUCAGGAUGUGCAUUGCUCUGGAAAGGUAUUGUUUCAUCGCCUGCCCACUGUUGGACUGCCUCAGACAAACUGAGGGUUCUGUGCUGGUCUGUGUUCUGGUCUGGGUCCUUUGUAUUGUUAGUGUUGCUCUUGCUGUAUUUUUAUAUGAAUUUGUACGUUUAAUUAUUUAUGCCGCCCUCCCUGCCCCGCUGUUCAUCUUCUGUCUCGCUGGGACACUUAAAGCUCUGCCUGCUGCCACCUCAGUGCCCACUGAAGAAAAACAAAGAAUUGUAGGAACUUUGGUUCUGUUGCUGCUUAAUUACUUUCUCAUAAACCUUCCUGCAGUCAUUCUGUUAACUUUGAACUUAUAUCCACACUUCCCUGAAACACUUAUUGAUUUUAUCAUUAUAAUCUUAUUUCUGUUUAGUUCAUUGUUGGACUUCAUUCUGUUUGCCUUCAUGUGUAAAGGGCCCAUUGACAGGCUGCUGGCACGUCUGUGCUGCUGCAGUAUGGAGAGCAACAACACAGGAGAUGUGACUGAUGUUAGCACAGACAGGUCAGAUCAUGUAGACAGAGAUGAAGGGAAAGAGGAAACAGGGUCACAUGAUGGGAGAGAUGGUGAGGAAGUAGAAAGUGUGAGAUAAGCAAA